UCUUGCGGGAAGACGGAGGAUCGGCGACAGCGCAAACAACGUCCGCAUCUUUCGGCGCCCGUUCCGCCAUGGCGUUCAGCCGCCCGGUCACAAUGACGUCGGGGAUGAUCCAUCAAGGCGUAUAUUCCCAUACCUUGUGCAACUUACGACAGCUCGACUCCCAAUCAGCAAUGGCAUUCAGAAGCCGCACACGGUGGUGGAGGGGCACAUGGCCAAUGUAACCACCCCUUUUUCGAUUUUGUGACCUGUUUCCAAAAGGAUUCAUGACGUCGCUACAAAACCCUAUCUGGAUUUGGUACUUAAGAGUAAAAAUAUGCACAAUAAAUGGCUGACAUUUGCAAAGACAGAUCCCUCGUCAUCGUUCUUACUCUUCGCCAGCCGAACCAUGCACAGGCGCAGUGUCGAUUAUGCCGGGUUACGCUGAGCUUCAAGAUAUUCUGGGUUAUUGUUUUUCCAACCCUCGGCUCAUGGAUGAGGCUACCUUAGCACAGGAUGCACCGUCAACCGCGCCUCCGAAGACACAUGGGAACAAAUCACUCGCCCUAGUCGGGGAUGCCCUCAUCCGUUUAGACGUUGCAGGCAGGUCGUAUGCCGGGGGCAUUGGAACGGCGGAGAGCACGAUCCUGCUGUCCGAGAUCGGUUCAAACAGGUCACUCGAGGCUCAUGGGAGGCGACUGGGCCUCGACAAGUUUGUGAUAAAACAUCCAGGCCAGCAAGGACAAGAUGUUCCUAGGGAAACCCUCGCAUCCACAGUUGAAGCGCUGAUAGGGGCUGUCUGGAUCGACUCGGGACAAGACUUCAACCAAGUGCAGUCGGUAAUCGGAAAUUUAGGCAUUGGAAAUCCCAAGCACGAGGAGGAGGCCAAUACGUAGUAGGGUGGUACCCGGAGUUUGCGGUCAGCUAAAGGGGCGCAAGCGGGUAAUUCAUGCAUCAGAAGCUCGAAACAUGCCCAUUCUCAUACCCCCCACCCAAACCAUGCCAGGAACUUAAAAAUGGCGGCCAUUGAUAGGCGCGGGCUUGGGGGGCGUCCUUUGCAUUGCGAAUAGCUUCAAAUAAUCUGUAAACUGCUUGGUUAAUCUCCCCGCCAUGCC